AUGUUGAAACGUGGCGCUCAAGGCCCUCAGGGGUCCAAAGAUGACGACGGUUCCUUUGGGAUGGCCAGCACCCCCGAUGAAAAACCCCAUCGGGCGACGGCUGCCCAGUUAGCCAGCAGAAAAAUCAAGGAUGUCCGCAAACGCCGGGCUCCAACUCCCACAACAGGCGGAGGCGCAUCUGAUGCGGCUCCGUUCAACCCUUUCGCGUCCGUGGCCCCGGCCGCGGCACCAACACCCACCCAGUCGACUGGGUUCACAUUUGGUCAGACUCAGAGCCAGAGCUUUCCCGGCGCAAGCUCGGGGCCCAGCCAGGGUGGAAUGUUCUCGUCGGGCACUAACGGCCAGGCGGGUGGUCAGGCGUCAUUCAGCUUCGGGGCGGGCCCUACCUCAUUUGGAUCUGCACCGCCGAGCAAUCCUUUUGCUGUAAACACAUCAUUUGGGGGAAAUUCUCAGUCAAGCACGAAUGGAUUUAGCUUUGGGGGAUUCAAUGCCGGAAACCAGUCCACUCCAUCGUUCGGUGGAUUCGGAGCACAACCGAACACAAGCACUCCAGUAAAGCCCGCCCUAUUCGGGCAGUCUACGGCACAUAUGACCUCGCCUGCAGAUGACAGCAUGCAAACUUCGCCCGAUACCAAGCCCAAGGGAGCUUCCAUGUUUGCACCGAAGCCAGCCGCAGGCCCAUCAGCACUUGGCAAUUCAUUCUCGAACCUUUCAGGCCAGUCAGCCAGCAAUCCCUUUGCACCAAAGACAACUGCGCCUGAGAAACCAGCCGACAAGCCUGCGGAGACCCAGCCUUUCAACGCUCUUUUCGGAUCGACGCCCGCCGCUUCGAAGCCUUUGGAUGCAGAGAAACAGCAACCAACACCCAGCAAUCCAUUUGCGAACCUGUCAGGGCAGGCGCCAACCAGCACCACUAACCUGUUUGCCCCGAAGACAACUGCAGCGGAGCAAACUCCUGCAAAGCCUGCAGAGGCGGCAAAGCCUUUUGGUGGUCUUUUCGGGUCGACCUCCAGCUCUCAAUCAUCAGGGCCUGCUAGCAAUCUUUUUGCGCCCAAGCCAGCGGCAGAAGAACCAAAGGCGAGCAAUCCGUUUGCGACGCUGUCAGCGCCGAGUUCAUUUGGCGGUUUCUCCUCGCCGAAGGUUACUGGAACCGAAACUUCUGGAAAGGCUGCCGAGGCACAACCGUUCAUGUUUGGUACACCCGCAGCGAAGGUUUCAGAGACUGUAAAAGAGCAGACGGCUCCUCCAGCAUUUGGCAAUAUGUUCUCGCCGAAGCCUGCUGUUGAGAACGCGGCUGCGAAGCCUGCAGCGGACCAGCCGUUCAAGUCCAUGUUUGGUACACCUGCAGCGUCGAAGGCUUCGGACGCCGGAAAAGAAAAGACUGCUUCGCCAGCAUUUGGCAACAUGUUCUCGCCAAAGCCGGCUGCUGAUACAGCUGCAAAGCCUGCGGCGGACCAGCCGUUCAAGUCCAUGUUUGGAACAUCCGCGGCCACAAAGCCUGCAGAGGCUGAAAAGGAACCAUCAGCAGCGAGCAGUGUUUUCACACAGAAAGUGACAAGUGAAGAGCAAACUCCUGUGCCUGCAGAGACCUCACAAUUCGGCUCAAUGUUCGGGGCAUCCCCUACGCCAUCGAAGCUUGGGGAAGAAAAGACAACCCAGGCGACACCUAUCAAUCCAUUCGCGAACCUGUCAGGGCAGACCGCGUUCAGCAGCCCAUUCGCACCAAAGCCGACAGAGCAGGCUGCAACGCCCCAGGCACCGAGCACUUCUCUCUUUGGUGCAACUACAACAGUUGACAACAAUAAGCAGGAUAAGGACAAUAGCAUUGCACCUCUAAAGAGCUCAUUGACUAACCCAUUCACUGCUGGGCCUAAGGUGUCAACUGAACCUCAAACGGAAGGUGCGAGGAAAGGUCCUCAGGUGUCGUUCGCGCAGUCUUCGCACGACGAUAAAAGCCCAUCUUGUUUACCUUCUUCCUCUCCUCUCCCCUCCUCCUCCUCAACUUCUAUUGUUUCCAACACUUUUACUGCUUCAGACCCUGACAGUCUUUUCCCUCGACCUCCUGUAUCAAUUGACUAUUCUUUACCUAAAGAUCCUGACGACAUGCCGCUCAAACGUCUUUUCCCCGAGGAUCCGACGGGCGAGCUUGUAGCGCGAUCCAACCUUCUCAGGAAGAUUGGCGCCUUGACUGAGUCGUUCAAGCGUGAGAUCGCCAAAUGUGAUCCCAUGACUGAUGAUAUCGACGAAGUCCUCAUUCUUUAUGCUGAACUUCGCCGUGAGCUUGGUGUCCCCAUUGGGUUCAUCAACCCCGCUGAAGAAGCCAAACGCGCCGCCAUAAAUGAACGUGAUGCUGCCAAGGAAGCACCCGAUGGCUGCGCACCGCCUCGGAUCCCGACACCUCCAACCUUCGUGCCUCCUAGCUUCACCGAGAAACGCCCAGCAUCUUCCAACAAGCCUUCGGGCGGAUCUACUACUUCCUCCAAGUUCGCCCAGUCCUUCUCCGCUCCGGCUCCUGCUCCGGCAGCUACUUCUGUUGGCGCUUCUUCCGCCCCGGUUGCUGGUCCUUCGACUUCACCUGCGGCUCCCGUUUCUGCUGCUCCUGUCACCCCGACCCCUACUCCGGUGACCACUUCUGCUAGCGCUUCUCCCGCCCCGCUUGCUGGUCCUUCGACUCCGGCCGUGGCUCCUGUUUCUGCUACUCCUGUCGCCACCUCUGCUGUUGAAAUUCCCAAGCCCAAUGGUGUGGCCACUUCUGCUGCCCCUGCUUUCCAGAUCCCUAAGUUCAAUGGUGCAGUCACUUCAACCGCUGCCCCUGCUUUCCAAAUCCCUAAGUUCGAUGGUGCGGCCACUUCAACCGCACCCUCUGCUUUCCAAAUUCCCAAGUUUGGUCCAGCUCCUGGCGUCGAUUUUGCGGCCCAGUUUAAGUCUAAGUCGGACAAGACCCUAUCUGAUGCAAAGGCCAAGAGAAAGGCCGAGGAGUUUGACUCUGAUGAGGAGGACGAGGCGGAGUGGGAGCGCAAAGACGCGGAACGCCAACGCGAGAAGCAGGCUCAACUCGAAGCCGCAGCUAAAAAGCGUGCUGUUUUUGUUCCCGGCGAGGGUUUCAAGUUCGUUGAUGGUGAUGAUAACACUGCUCCACAGGCCGCUAAGGAGCCUGCUACGUCUGCCAACCCUGCUACCCCUCCUACCCCUGCACAGCACGUUGGGGGUACUAUCAAUCCUACCCCUCCCAUUUUUGCUCCCUUUAACGCUCCGUUGUCUGCUUCUGCUGGAGCAAACGGCGCCUCUAUGUCUUCCUCGCAAUAUCAACCCCCGUUCUCUAAAUCGUCUCCUGACUCGUCUGAAUUCUCAACUAUCGUCGGAACAGCCAAGCGUUCGCCUGCGGAUGCCGCACUCUUUGGGGGCAAGCCUGGAUCCCCGCCUCCUUUCUUUGGUGCAUACGGCGCAGGCCCUCCAAGCUCUUCGGUUUUCGGAGCGUCCAGUAGCCCAGUCCCAGCCUCUCAGAACAUUUUCGGCAAGCUCAAGCCGACCUCACCAAAACGCAAGGCCUCUGCGGAUGGAAGUGACGACAGUGAUGAUUCCCCCCCAAAGAAGGUGAAGGCCUCCGAGAACAUCUUCGGCGGGCCCAAGCCAUCGGAGAACAUCUUCGGUGGGCCCAAGCCGACCUCGCAGAACAUUUUCGGGCCCAAGCCAACCUCGCCGAAACGCAAAGCUUCUGCAGAUGAAAGUGACAAGGAUGAUUCCCUCACGAACAAGACGAAGCCGUCGCCUCCCCCUCCUUCUACAGGCGCCAGUAUGUUUGGACGGGUCUCCACUCCAGCACCGAUGGCUCCUUUGAGCAAUUCCUUCACACAGCCCGCCAUGGCCGCUCCUUCGGCCCCUCCCACCGGCACUGAUGACGAGGACGGCGAGCCUGGUGAAAUUUUCGAUCUGACAAAGGGCAAUGGCGGUGAAGAAGAAGAAACGGUUGUAUUCGAAGACAAAUCGCGGGUUUUCAAACUUGAAGCGGCUUGGUUGCCCAAAGGAACCGGUCCCGUCCGCCUUCUGAAGCACCCUGUCACUGGACGUGCGCGCAUCGUCGCCCGUGCCGAGCCAAGUGGAAAAGUCACCUUGAACAUUCUCCUGAAGAAAGAGUUCGACUACAAGCUCACCACUAACAGUGUUCAGUUCCUGGUGCCCGACGAGACUGGACAGCUCACACAUUGGGCAGUUCGGGUGAAGGGUGAGAGACUACGAGAGUUCCACAACCUUGUCAACGAGAUCAAGAACUAG